CAUCAUUCGCGUUUGCAUAUUACAGAUUACGUCAUCUCACUGAUGUGAACGACCAACAGCAAUGCACCAUUGACACUCUCAAUGAUGACAUCUCUCGACGUGUUGCUGACUGCGAAAUGCUGAGAAGGAAGGUUCAAGAACUCGAGAAACAACUCGCUGACUGGAAAGCUAGACACGGCCAUUUGGAAGGCCAACUUCACCAAGUUAGAUUGGACUUGCAAGAGGAAACUGCUCAACGCAUGGGUGAAACCAAUCGGGCUAAUUCACUGGAAGAUGAACUGAACUUCCUCAGAGAGGUCUCCGACGCUGAAAUCAAAGAGUAUCGAGCCCUUCUCUCCAAGGACAAUAGCAUUCCUGACAUGCGAGAAUACUGGACUACGGAACUCGGCAACUGCCUGAAAGAAAUCCGCCAAGAAUUUGAAGGUCAAUUGGAGGGAAUGUCUGCUUCCAUGGAGGCUAGAUACCAAUCCGAGCUGAAUGAAAUGCGUUUGGGUGCAUCGAAAGGAAACGCCGAAACAGCACAUAUGAGCGAAGAGAACAAAAGACUUCGUUCUCAGAAGAAUGAUCUUGAAGCCAAACUUCUUGACUGCCAGGCUCAGAUCGCCCAACUAACAUCCCAGCUGAGAGCAUUACAGAGCGAAUUUCAAUCAGUUUCUGCGGAUUUGGAAAGCGAGAAAAGCGAACACAGAGGCGACGUUGAUAGACUCAAUGCCGAGCUUGAGGCGAUGAUCAAAGAACUCCGAGAUCUGAUGGAUGCCAAACUGUCUAUGGAACUCGAGAUAGCUGCUUAUCGUAAACUGCUGGAAGGAGAAGAAAACAGACUUAGUCUUGGCGGUGUGGUUCAGUCAAUUGGCGGUUUUCAGAGUCAUUCAGAAGAGGCAUUAGCUAAUGCCCUGCAAAACAGGGCUUCUUCAGGUUUCCACACACCUGAAACUGGUAAAAUCACCAUCAACCGAACUGCUAGCGGAACCGUUUCGAUCGCAGAAGUAGAGCCAAACGGAAAAUACGUUCAAAUAACGGAAAGCUCAAAGCCAUCAACUAACCUUAAAAACUGGAAGCUGGUUCGUACAUUUGACGACGGUCGAGCAACUGUCACCCACGUCUUUAAAGAUAACAACGUGUUUGCCACAGAGAAAGAAGUAAAGAUCUGGGGUUCAAAAUUCGGUAAUACUAAGGACGGAGUUGUUUCUUCCUCUGUUAAUGAAUGGGGCCCGCUGAACGUUGCAUCUAGGAUCACGUUGAGAGACGAAAAUGACAGGGAAAGAGCUUUGCUCCACGUCAAAUACUCUGGUUAAAACCCUUGUUUUGAUAGAGGAAGUCCUGGCCAAGAAGACCUUUUGUCUCUAUCUCAACUUCCAGAAGAUUAAUUAUUUCAUGGCAAAGAGUUUCUUAUAUAAUAUCUUCAGUUGAGGGAUAAUAUAAUUCUUUACUUUGUUGUUUUUUUUAUUUCUUCUUUUUUUUGUUGUUAUAUUUUUUACACCGUUCUCUAAAGAAUUACAUAAUUUAGAAAAGAAAAAAAUGCUCUAUUCAGUCCUCUCAACACAACAUAUUUUAUGGCUAAGCUACAUCGAUAUUAAAUACUCUCAACUGCUUUCGCUUGUUAUUUCAUAUAUUCCCAAAAUACAAAAUGGUUGUUGGGCUAGGGAUCUAGACAAUUUCGUAGAUAUCGCAACUAAUUUUCGGUCGGUGUGGGUCCUAGGUGCCUACAUUGUGACUGAUUCAACAUAUUUCCAUCCCUAUAUUUAAAAAACACUUAUCGUUUGAUGAAACUUGUAUUAAAGGUAAGACAGAAAAUCAAAUUUUUGGAAAAGGUUCUUUAUAUUAUAUACAAAAGGAAGAAAAAUCAAAAUUCAUCUGAAACAAUUGGGAAGAUGGGAUUAGGUUUUCCAGAAGAUUAGUGUGCCUUAUCUUUCUUAAUCUUAGGGCGGCAGAUUGACAAUGGCAGUGGGAUGGCAGAAUUAGUAGGGCGUCGAACAAAAUGCUUUACUGUUUUUAGUUACGUCCCUUUAUAUUCUGAGUUCAAAUUCCGCCUAGGUCAACUUUGUCGUUCACCUUUCUGUGGUCUUUUUCAAAUAAAGUACCAGUCAUGUACUGGCGUCGAUUUCAUCGACCGUUCCUCCCUUCUCAAAUUUGUGGCGCUGUGCCUUACAUAGAAACUAAUAUCUCUUUUCUCUUCAAACAAUACGUGUUGUAUUGUUUUUUUUUCCUUUUCUAGGUUCUUCUAGCUGAAUUGUAAGGAACAAAAAUAAAAUGGCAAUAAAACUGUUUUCAGUAUAAAUACAAA